CUCCGCCCCUUACCAUCGCGCGUCUUCUCAGGAAUUGUUUCCUCCUCAUGUGUUUCCAUGGCGACACUCUAUCUGUCUCCUUCAGAAAUGGAAAACGCUCUCAGUCUUCUCGAAAAGGCAGAAGAGUGAUUUGGUUGCCCAUCAAAAACUUGUCUACAAUACCCAAAUGCCAUCUGGGGCCGAUUGUUUUUCUAGUCUAUUUCCCAGCGUGCUCAGCGGGCCCGCUAAAGACAAGGAAGCUGGUGGAGAUGGGAAGACAAGAGAAGGCCUCCGCACAGCCCUCUGGGAAACAGUCCUGGCUCUGGCUCAGAGGCUCCUGGGUGAAGCAGUCGUGAAGAUAUUCGCCCGGCACCGGAAGUGUGUACGAGUAGGCGCUUGUGAGAGCAGUCGCGUCUCCGCCUCUUGCCUGGCUGGCGUCGUGUCUGUUAAUCCGGUGGACUGCAGUCUCGAGGGAGACACACGUCCUCACUCCUCCUGCUUCUGGACGUUUUGGGAGCUCCUCCAGCAUGGCCACAGAGUCAGCCCUAGGAGGAAGGCACACUUUCUUCCAGUUUCCUAGUCCUUUCUGCUGCCCUGCCAGCCAGGAUUGUGGAGGGGAAGGAGGGGGAACUUAAAUGAGGAACUGGUCGUUGGGUCUCCAUCAGCUACGACUGAGGAAAUUGCCACCCUCAACGACAUAGCCAUGGACUUCACCUUGGAGAACUGGGAACAGCUGGGGCAGGGGCAGGGAGACCUGUUCUGGGACACGGCGCUGGACAACUACCAGAACCUCUUCCUGCUGAAUCCCCUCAGACCCAACUUGACCUUCCAUCUGGAUGGUGGGGAAAAGCUGGAGGCCCUAGCGAAAGAAAGCCCAGAGUCAACAGACGCUGGCAUAGCUGAGACUUCUCCUCUGCCUCAGGACUUCAUGGAAGAAGGACUCUUCCAGGAGAUUACUGAGACUUUUUCCAAGGAUGAUCUCUGGAACUCCCAUUUGGGAGAAGCCUCUAUAGGCCAAAGCUGGUUAGAUAGUGUUCUAGGAGAUUCAGAAAGUCUUCUGAGGUCUGAUAUUACCAGUCUGGAGAAAUGCAAAAGCUACCAACUCAAGAGCCAUGAACUCAAGAUAGACCUCAGUCCCGAGUCCCACCUUUCCCCAGGAGUGGGUUCCAUGACACCUGAUCUCCCUGAAAAGAGCCUGGCACCAGCUGAGUCUCAGGAAUGUGGGAAUGACUUCAGGUGCUACUCAGACCACAGCCAGCAGGAUACCAUCCAGGGAGGGGAGAAACCAUGUAAGUGCAGUGAGUGUGGGAAGAGCUUCAGCCAGAGUCACCAUAUGAUCCAGCACUGGAUUCUUCACAACAAGGAGCAUCCCACUGUGCUUCAAGAGUAUGAGAAAGAUCUCAGCCAGAGUUCCUGCCUUUUCAUGCAACCAGUGACUCACACAGGCUACAAAUCCUAUGUGUGUAACAAGUGUGGGGAAACUUUUAGUCAGAAUACACACCUUCUGUGUCAUCAGAAAGUUCACACUGAAGAAGAACCAUGGGAGAGUCAAGAUGGUGACUGUCCAGCAGAUCACAACUCACAGCCUUUUGAGUGUCAUAAACCACACCCAGGUAAAACCUACAAUUGUAACCAAUGUGGCCAGAGUUUUAGCCAAACCUUUCAUCUCUCUGUGCAUCAGAAGACCCAUACUCAGAAAUGCUACGAAUGUGCCAAAUGCAAGGCAACCUUCAACUCAAACAGAUACCUCCUCCAACAUCAGAAAAUUCAUGCUACAAAAAUGACCACUGAGGAUCAGAAGUGUGGCAAGGCCUGCAGGCAGAGCUCCUUUCUUGUCCAACAGCAGUCUGUUCACACUGCAGAGAAGUCUUAUAAGUGUGAUGAGUGUGGGAAAACCUUUAGCCAUAGCCUGUCCCUAAAGAUCCACCAGAGGGUUCACAGUGGAGAGAAGCCUUACAAAUGCAAUGAAUGUGGGAAAGCCUUUUACCGGAACAGUCACCUUAGUGAACACCAGAGGGUUCACACGGGUUACAGGCCCCACAAAUGUCACAAAUGUGUCAGGAGUUUCAGCCGGCCCUCUCACCUGAUUCGACACCUGUCCAUGCACACUACAGAAAAGCUCUACAGCUGUGCCAAAUGCAAGAAGACCUUCAGCUGCAAUGAACACCUUGUUCAGCACCAGAAAAUCCAUGCUGUGGAAACCCUCUAUGGAUGUCAGGAGUGUGGUGAGCGAUUUGUUUGCCGCUCAACCCUAACUUGCCACCAGAGCAUUCAUGCUAGAGAAAAAGGACUCAGUGAGAGCCGGGAGAUCUUUUAUGAGAAACCCGAGCACAAAGAGCAUCCAAGGGUCUGUGGGAAGUGCUUUAAGUGUAACAAGUGCGAGAAAACCUUCAGCUGCAGAAAAUACCUGACUCAGCACGAGUUGAUUCACGCCAGGGUGAAGCCCUUUGAGUGUAACCAGUGUGGGAAAGCCUUUGGGCAAAGUUCACAGCUCAUCCGGCACCAGAGGAUCCACUCUAGAUUGAGAUCAUACAGAUGUGGGGACUGUGGGAAGGCCUUUAUCUACAGUACCUCCCUCAUCAAACAUCAAUCCCUCCAUGGGAUUGAGCACCCCUUUAAAUGUAACGAAUGUGGAAGGAUCUUCAGUCAAAGUGCACGUCUCUUAGAACAUCAGUUAAUCCACACUACGAAGAAGCCCUUGAAACCUAACAAGUGUGGCAAAGUCUUGGGCCACAGUAACCACCUUAUUCAGCAUCAGGGAACUCAGGCCGGAAAGAAGCCCUUUGAGCAGAAUGAAUGUGGGGAAAUUAUCCAGGAGAGCUUGUGCCUUUCUGAGCACCAGGGAGUUUACACAGAUGAGAAGCCCUAUACGUGUGGUGACUGUGGGAGAACCUUCAGCCUGGGUGCUCAGCUCGUUUACCACCAGAGAGUUCACACUGGGGAAAAGCCUUACAUUUGUCAGAAAUCCGGGAAAGCCUUCCGGCAGGGCUCAUGCCUUUCUAAGCAUCAGAGAGUUCAUACCAGGGAGAAGCUUUAUGUGUGCGCUAAAUGCGGGAAAGCCUUUGCCCAGAAAACAAAUCUGAUACAGCAUGAGACAACUCACACAGGGGAGAAGCCUUAUGCUUGUGGUGUGUGUGGGAGAGCCUUUCGCCUUAGGGCCCAUCUCAGUCAGCACCAGAGAAUUCACACCCAGGAAAAACCAUAUCAGUGUCAACAUUGUCAGAAAGCCUUGUGCUGCUGCUCAGGUCUCAGCCGACAGCAGUGAGUUCACACUCCAAAGUAGCAGGUAGCAAUCCUCCCCAUGACCCCUGGGUAGCAGCAGGCUCCCAGACAUCUGAGAAUGUUCCUCUGAGGCCCAAAGUUGAAACCAUCCCAGUGUAAGCCCCUCCCUGCCAUGGGUAAUUAAUCUCUCUGGUAAUAAAGAUUGAUUAGAAAAUU